AUAGAGACAUCGAUGCUCUUUUCCAAAUAAAGAAGCAUUCGCUUGUCGUAUCAUUAAUAAUAUCUAAAAUUUAUGCGUUUGCGUAACUACAGCAAAAUAUUUAUCAUGCGUUAUUGUAGUAGCGACGGUGCAUCGGUGAGCGUUUAUAGCACCGCGGUUUUAACCCAAAUCCAUAGAAGGCGGAUAGGGGGUGAUCGGCCGAUUUCUCUCAUUCCAUUCACCUCUUUCGAUGAUAUAGUCUCUUGCUCGCAAUGUGUUUACGCCAACGGACAUUACCCCAUCUCGGUAACGCUUACGUUUUGCCAACGCAGCAAAUAUAUACAUAUACCUACGUACGGACAAAUAUAAUAAUGAUUCGGUACGACAAAAGAAUAUUAAAAGUAGGGAAAAUAGUUUAUUCGAAAGGACAAGAGUUUCUGGAAGAAAGUUUGAAAGUUUGAAAAUUUUCUACACGUCUUUCGAAACUAAACCAUUCGAGACGUACACGUUCGAUUAUUCCAUGCGAAAGAAUCGUGUCUUCUUCGAGCCAACUCGAGUCUCUUCUUCUUUCUCGUAAAGAAAAUUCGAACAACGACCUUAUCCGUCGCUCUAUAAAGUUUACUCUUCUAAGGAACCUCCUACUACUACUAAUGUCAUAGACGAUCGCUGUAGAAUAGUUGACCCGUAUUAUCUUGGCCAACUCUGCGGUCGUUGAGCGGUCCGUGCGAAUACAUCGAUGCAUAGCAUUGCAAAUUUGGGUGGUUGGAAUAAAUCCAAAUGUCGAGUCUGCCAAUGUUUCAGCAGAAUUUAAACAAACUCUUCUUUCGCCGCACGAUAUUACAUCUUCGAGCUUUUCUCGGAUGUUUAUUAGCGUAGAAGAGAAAAGCUAAGUGUUCUUUAUCAAGCGUCUAUAUUUUCUCCCCUCUUUCUCUCUCUCUCCCUCUCUCUCCCUCCCUCUCCCUCUCUUUCUUACCUCCUUUCUUCUUAUCUUUUGUCUCUCGAACCUUUACAUUUUUUUUUUGUAAAGUUCCUUUACAUUUAUGUUGAGGCACGUCCGCCACGUGAAAGUUUCUUAUUUAAAUUUGCUCCUUGUGUCGUUUCGUAUCUCGUAGUUGUGUUUUUAAAGGCAUGUGUGGAAGUUUUCGUCUCCGUUUUAUAAAGUCUUCCUGGUUUAACGUAAUAUCCUCUUUGACGUUAAAUCGAUUUGCCCUGGAAAUUUUCGGCACAAAUGAUGAAGGGUCGUCAUCAUUUUCGACGUCGAUUCAGUCUACAGCCAUCAUCGUUGAAGGAAGGACAGGAAGAUGGAACGACGAAGAACAUUAGAAGUGAAAGACUAUCGGAAUCGGACAGCGGCGGUGGUGGUGAUGGAGGCAAAUCGGUCGAAAGUUCUGUAAGACACAAAAUCGUUGUGAUGGGUGCUGCAAAGGUCGGGAAAUCGGCAAUAAUCAAUCAAUUCCUUUAUGGUACCUUCACACCAAAAUACAAGCGCACGGUUGAGGAAAUGCAUCACGGGGACUUUAACGUUUCCGGUAUUCACCUCACUCUUGACAUCUUGGACACGUCUGGAUCGUACGAAUUUCCAGCAAUGAGAGAUCUUUCUAUCAAAUCUGCCGACGCGUUUGUCUUAGUCUACGAUGUAAAUGAUGUCAAUACCUUUCACGAAGUGAAAACUUUGAGGACAUUGAUAUUGAAUACGAAAGGAGUUGUACCUAUCGUUGUUGUAGGUAACAAAUUGGAUCUCGUUGAGAAGGAGCAAGAGGUAGAUAGCGAGAGCACCAGAGUAUUAGUCACCGCCAAGUGGGAAAACGGUUUCGUCCAAGUAUCUGCGAAAGAUAAUUUGAAUAUCUCUCAAGUUUUUAAAGAAUUAUUAUUACAGGCUAAAUUAAAAUACAACCUGAGUCCUGCUUUACGGAGACGACGACGUCAAUCCUUGCCACCGCCUCCGCAUUUGAAUUCUCGUAGUAGCAGCGCGCACGUACCAUCGCCGGCGCAGCUGCAACACCUGCAACAAAUACGCGAGCGCGCUGAAUCAAAGAGAAAUUCUUGUAUUUUAUCGUAAGAGUUCCUGAUGUUCCUUCGAUACAUAAGAUUCUACAAUGAUCUUUUUUUUUGAAUCUUUCAAUCACAUAGAUACAUACAAGUUCGUCUUUCGCCAACAUAAUCGAUCGUAGGAUUAAGCUUUUAAACGGCGGGAUCUAUAUCGGGAAAGGAUUUUUAAAGGAUCGCGAAAGGAUCUACGUAAGCUAUAUAACUGAUUUAUGCAGAAAUUGCUACUCCUUGUGGCAAAAUCGUACGAUAUAUUAUUUCAAGACAUAAUCCUAUCUCGAUAACUGUCACCUAUUCUAACUCCUCGACAAAAAUUGAUCUAUAUCGAUCGCUUUAAAAGUCCUUUUUUAUUUCCUUAUUUUAUAGAGGAAUCAUUGAUCGAUCCAGUAUCGUUUAAUCAAAUUAUGAACUUUCACAUAUUUAAUACAAUUUAUUUAUCGAUAAUGAAACUUAUUGACCAACUUACACGAUAGGAUAUAUAAAUAAAUCAAUAUAUAUAUAUAUAUAUAUAUAUAUAUAUAUAUAUAUAUCUACCACGUAUGCAGGAUGAACCGUAUAACGUAGCACCUUUCGAUCUAUACAUAGUAUAUAUAUUAACAGAUGGUGUAAAUAUAAAAUACAUAUAUCUAUAUCUGUAACAAAUCCGAAAUAGAUACGGAAUAAUUACAUUUAAAGCUACUCGUUGCGGGAAAUAGUAUACGUUGUUUCGCAUGGUCGCCUUAAAAAUAAAGAUCGUGAAUAUAUUCAUUUUCAUGUCAAUAUUUUCUAAACGAAUUCUCUUAGAGACGAUGUAGAGAGGAAAUAUUAAUCCAUGUAUAUGAAGCUUAAAUAAAUAGAACAAUUAUGAAUUACGUGAUUAUAGUCUCGUAUGCCUCUGAAUGUAUCUUACUACCAAUUUCAGGGUGACUUCACACUGCCCAGUACUUUUUUCUUCACCAAUUGUUUUCAUACUUGCUUAUACGUAUGUAGGUAAAAUGUGUGCAAACAUUUAACGUAUGUAUGUUCGACAACAAUUAAACUUACAAUUAAAUUUAAACUUUUGUGUGACGUUCCUAUUAAAUUGUACAUAAGCAGUAAUCUUAUUGAAUGAGAAUAGUAUCUACUAGCGAUUAUGCGUUAAUGCUGAGAGAGAGAGAGAGAGAGAGAGAGAGAGAAAGAGAGUCAUCCGGCGAUGUAAUACGUUUCUAAAAUUUUAAUGCCAAAAUUGUGUAAUAAAAAUAUUCUCUCCUUGUGUAGAGUAAACCCUUUAAUGGAUACGUGUAUAAUAGUCGAUGUAAUAUGUUCAAAUAGUUUCGUUUCAUUUACAAAAAAUAUGAUAGAUCAAAUCUUAUCACAAAUUCUUUCUCUUUCGUUACGUUAAUGAUACAUACUUUUUAGAAAGCAUUAACGCUUGACCUGAGAGUUAUAUUAAAUUUGAAAUGUAGAAAACAUUGUAUCGCUAAAAAUAGCAAAGAAACAUGUAAAUAAAAUCAUUUUCCAAAAGGGGAUGUACCAUCUUGUUACCUUUAAAUAAAUA